AUGCGACGGCGGAAGUACUAUGAUGAUUAUUCUAGCUCAGAUGAUGAGCAUAGACGCAAGAAAACAAAGCGAGGUGAUGGAACAGAGGCAGCAAGGGUAAGAAAAAGGCUUGCAAAUUUUGAUUCAGAAAGAUGCAUAGCAUGGAUUGAGAUUCAAAAACGAUUUGGAUCAGGAAUUACGCAUAGUGAACUUAAGAGUAUUGCACAGGUUAUUUGCGAACACCAAAGAGAGCCACACUUAAAAUUGGAUCGUGAUGCUUCAAGAGACAAUCGAGUUCUCCUAAAGUGGUUUACCGAAAAUUGGUCCAUUAUAGAGCCACAUCUAAAAAUAUUACAUUACGCGAUUCUGAAAAGAGAAUCUUAA